CAGCAUGUCGCCCACUAACGUGCAAAUGCAAUUGGCACCUUUGAAGCUGGGGCAGAAACCGCCAAUUCGUAACGCAAACGUGGGCGUAACCGUCGUAGCUGACCGCCGUAACUGAUCGUCGUAGCAAUGUCAAAGCAGUCAUAUCGGCAAAUAAGGUUUCUGUGCAGAACCCAAAAACACACAGUCAAAACCAUUCCGAAGUCGAAAAAGUUUUUAUCGCGAGUUUUGACCUCGACGUGAAAGUUUCCAGCGCUGCGUGCACGUAAGUACGAAAAUCAUUUUUGGCAUUGAGAGCUUCUGUUUCGGCUGGUAAUCAGAAUAAUUUCAGCUUAAUUGCAGUUGGAUAUAUAAUACUCUGUAGAGAGCUAGUGCGCCAUGGCGAACGUGAAGAUAGUGGAGUCCAAGCUGGACAUAUUCCACGCACCGCAGACACAUUCCUUGGCCCAUGCCGUAGAGUCAUCCUUUACGGCGGAACGGGGAACUCUCGCCUGGCAGUUUGCCCUGAUCUACGGGGAUGUGGAUGAACUACGGCAAAGAAGUGUUUCCAGAGGCAACUGUGCCGUUCUGGAGCACAAUGCCCGAUUCAUAUACUAUCUGGUGACCAAGUCGAGUCUCUACGAGGCCAGCACUUACGGCGAUGUCCAGGCAGCUUUGAUCUGCAUGCGGGAGCAUAUGCGCAACCAUGAGAUCACCAAAGUGGCUAUGCCCCGAAUCUGCUGCGGCAACGAUGGACUUGAAUGGAAGCACGUGAAGCGUCUGGUGCAGCAGACCUUCUCCCAGAGCGAGUAUCCCAUCGAGAUACUCAUCUGUGAGCACGAAGACAUGUCCAAGGAGCUGGCUGCUCCCAAGUGUCAGAUUACGGAGGCCAGGGGGAACCUGUUCAGCGCCCCGGAAAACUACGCCUUAGUGCACUCUGUCAGUGCGGACUUCGCUAUGUGUGCGGGCAUAAAUCUGCAGUUCCGCUGCAAAUUCGGACAAGUGGAUGAGCUGAAGCGCCAACACAAGCAUACCGGAAAUGUGGCAGUUCUGGAGCAGGAUGGUAGACAUAUCUACAACCUGGUGACCAAGGAGCGCAGCCACGAAAAGUGCACUUACGCAGCUCUCUACUACGCAUUGCUGGCCAUGCGGGAACAUAUGAGGGAGCACGGAGUGACCAAGUUGGCCAUUCCCAGACUUGGAUGCGGCAUCGACCGUUUGGAUUGGUUGCGCGUGCGGAGUCUGCUGGAUCUGGUUUUCGCCGAGGAUAGCGUGGACAUAAUUGCAUUCUUCUACACACCGCCACAAAUGGUUAAGGACACGUUGAACGUGGUUUGUCCCACCUGCCGGCACAUGAAGACCAUCCAUUUGCCAUCGAGGUCCGUUAGUGGAUCAAGAAAUUCGCUUCAUCGCGAAAAGACUCCCUUUUAAUGUAUAUAGCCAUCUUUGUUUGACACUCGAAAUGGUUUUGCUUGGGACUUGUGGCAUCAUAUGCACCAAAUACUUAUAUAGUUGAUAAGAACGAUACACCUAAGAGGUUUUUAUAGCACACAAAGUUUCCAUAUUUGGUUAUUUAUACUGUAUUUAAUGUAUUAAUAAAUAAAACACGUCCUCGAGAGGAUAUUAACC